AUGGCUAUUGAGAGUGCACAGCUUGAAGAGAAAGGGAUUAUUGAUGGUUGUGCUAUCAAAGCUGCGUAUAUGAACGCAAUGCCUUAUGUCAUUAGACGACUCAGAAAUUUUAUUUUUAACCGAGAGAAUCCGACGAAGAACCCAGGUUUUCGUUAUGAGUCACUUGCUAUUGGGUGGCAAAAGGCGAAACGGAUUGCUCAACAUGUCUACAACGAAUUGGAAGCAUAUAUACUUUCUGAUGACCAGCUUUGGGAAAAUGGCUAUCCAAGAUGGACUACAUUAACCCAGGAAAUUGAUGACGAUUUUGAUUCAUUUGAUGAAAGGCCUAGAAAUAUUGUUGAAAUCCGACAAUCUGAAUUGGAUUCAUCUAAGGGUCACAGCAAGUCGUUCAUAUCUGAUGAUGAUUUAAAACGUGUUUGCUCUCGCUGCGGAAUUGAAUAUCAAUUAACGCCAAAUGGGGCUUAUGUUUCUUCUGAGGAAUGUAUCUAUCAUUGGGGACGAGCUUGGAAGGAAAAGAGUGUUGUUGAAGCUCAUUAUACUUGUUGCCAAUCUACUUUAGAUGUUCGUGGAUGCGUUGUUGCUGGAAUGCAUGUAACACAAACUUUGAGACUUAGUGCUUUGGAACAAUAUGUGAGUACACCAAAACCCUGUGGAGUAGAAGAUCCUAGAUCUACAAAAGUUUAUGCAAUGGAUUGUGAGAUGGUCUAUUCAAAUUGGGGUCCAGAAGUCGCUCGUGUUUCUGUUGUUGGUCGUCUUGAAGAAUUAGUUAUGGAUGUAUUUAUUCGGCCAGAAAAUACUUUAAUUGACUGCAAUACUAGAUUUAGUGGAUUAGAUGGCUAUGAAAUUCUCACUGCAGAAUGCACUCUGGAUAAAGUAAAUAAGCUGGCCAAAAAAGUACCUAAUUUAAUAUUAAAGGCACGCGAACGCUUAUUUGAAUUGAUCAACUCUGAAACAAUUUUAAUAGGACAUUCACUUGAAAGAGUUUUGCGUGCAUUACGCCUUGUACAUACCCGUGUUGUGGAUACUAGCAUUGUCUUUCCUCAUCCAAAUGGCCUUCCGCAAAAGAGAGCACUUAAAACAUUAGCUUCUGAAAUUCUUCAAAUAAUCAUUCAAGAGGAAGAAGGUGGUCACGACAGUAAAGAAGAUGCAUUGACCUGCAUGAGAAUUAUGUUGAGGAAAGUACGUGCUGUAGAAGGCUGA